ACCGUUUGAAAGUCUUUUAACCUCGCAAAGUAACAUAAAAAUCCAAUAGAAGGAAUAAAAAAAAGAAUAGGAAAAAAGAAAAUUUCUGCACAUUCUUUACAGAUCUAUCGAUAAAAUCAUGUAAACCAACAAAUUUGAAUUCACAAAACAAACAAAAAUUGUACGCAAAGCAAAAGUAAUCGCCAGAAAAAUGGUUACCAAUAACACAACAACAAAUAAUAAUAACCACUCCAACAACAAUGAGGAAUUCGAUAUCGAUCAGGAUGACGGCUUGCAGGAUUUGGGAUUACCAGUAUCAGUGCAAACCUUUCUGUGGCAACAAAUAGCUCCCUUUAUAAGACCCAAAUUAGGAAAAUUGCAUGAAGCCAGUUGUAUGUUUUGUCAACAUGCACCGGGACACCAUGAAUCUAAAGGCGCCUGCAAGUCCUUCGAAAAAGUUGUCGUUCUUAACAUUCAAUUCGGUUUAUCGCCUUCUUUGACCGAUGGCUUGGCAGCCAUACCACGAUGGCGUCUCCUACAGGCAGCCUUGCCGCAUGUAAUGCAUUGCGUUUCUGCCUUGCUACACAAUCGUGUCAAAGACAUGCAGGCGAUUGGACAAAUCGAAACGACUCUGCUAUAUGCCAUGCAAUGGAUACUCUUGUAUGCUGCCGAAGAAUGUGCCGGUGAUGAGGGUGGCCUUGGAGGUUUGGUGAUCGACAGUGAGCACAAGGGCAAAUCAAUGGAACAGUAUUUAUUUUCAGUGCCAACAAUAACGCUCUUUGUUUAUCUGUUUGCUCCCAUUAUCCACCAUUUGAAAGAAUCUGAUUUUCAAAACUGUCGCCUGGAAAAUGGCAUUAAACUAUGGCAAGGCAUGUGGGAUAAUAGGGCUCCAGGAGCACCUUGCUUUACAGCACCGGUUAAGCCCAAGGCACGAAACUUGCUGUGUGCUCCCACGCCCAAAGGAUCUACAGAUGUCUUUUCUGGACGCAAACAAUCUCUCAGUGUCGAUGCCAUGUCACCCAAGGCUGAUUCUCCGCAGAGUGCCGGUUCCGAUCAUACCACCACACGCCAGGACGAAGAGAGCUCUUGGGUGUCAUCGCCCAAGGAAUUUUUCCCCGAAACUAUACCCGAAGAAGCAUCCAGUGUUGAAGAUGAACGUGUUGUUAUUUUUCGUUUACCUUCUGCUUCCCAUUUAAUGGACAAUUCAUUUUUUACUGCCGAUGCUAGUCUCUUGACUCAACAGCAACCACAAAGUCGCCGAGGAAGCCGUCAAUCCAUACACUCGAGAGAUAAGGAUAAACCCUCCACCAAGUUUGAGUUUGACCAACAGGAAUUAAUGCGUGGAGCCUCAAUGAAGGAAAAGCGCAGUGCUUCAGUGGAAAAAGAAACAGAUUCAGACAAAUCGGAAAGUCUUAAUGCUGAUGUAUCGGCUGCCACGUUUCUAGAUGUGGGUGUGAUGCGUUGCUUGUUCAUAUCCCAUUGGCAGGAAGAGGGUAUAUUCUGGAGUUUGCAGUAUAUGUUUAAUCGAUUAAGUGAAAUAGGUGAAGAAGCUGCCAUUUCCAUAAAUCAACCACGCAAACGUUCGAAUUCGUUGCCAAUACCACACAUCGAAAUCUCCCUGUACCAAGGACCGAACAGCAAUAAUCGGGAUAGUCCGGGAAGUUCCAUAAACAAGGAUUAUAUAGAAAUACCGGAGCCCUCAAUAACAACAUGUCUAGCAGAAGAGGCUUCCCCUACAGCCGAACGCCGAGGCAGUGAAAAGAAGAAACGUGUUAAAAUGUCCGACCUAAGGGCGUUUGUGGAGACGAAAAUGUUUUCGAAAUCGGAAAAGAAUUUGGAAAAAGUAGGGCUAGAAACAAGUUCAGCAAAUGGCAAGAGACCACUGCAACAUGCAGAAUAUCAUCGCAGUUUGGAUACCGGUGAAAAGAAGUUAUCACGUUCUGCUUCCAUGAUCUCCAGAGAGCCUGCAAGUAAUUUGAUCAAAGGCAAAUCAAUGCCCAGCUUAAGCUGUCUUCUCGAUAGCGGAUUUUACAGAUACGUAGAACCUCCCAAAGUAAUGAGAUCAUCACAGUCUUCGGGCCAAAGGACCACAUUCUAUCCAAGGAAUCCCAUAAUAACUGUGACAGAGCAUACACCUACUCCAUCGCCGGAUUAUAUGAAGCGACAGGGUUCUAUCGAUUCGCAACUGGAUGCAAUGAGCAGUGGUGGCAGCAUGGGUGGAGGAAUGACUGGCAUGAAUGGCUUCCACAAUGGUAGUAUGGCUGGCAUAACAAGCAGCACCUGUAAUGUGAGCUCUCGUUUUCGAAGUCAUAUGCUACGCUCUCACACUGAUUCCCAUAUUGAUUACACGGGCGUGGAUGAAUCAGAAGCCCCGGGUUCUUCAUUUUACAUAACACGUGAUGGUGGAAUAGACUAUGAAAUUGUACUUCUAGCAGUUUUGAAUGUUUUUAAAAGAGAUUUAACAGUGGUCUCGCUGCGAGUAUUGGAGGCUGGCAUCAAUAUAUGUGAACUCUUAUUGGAGAUGGGAGUAUUAAAAUUGGGUGAACAUGCUCACGAGAUAUCAAUGGGUAUUAUAAAGCGAGCAUUACAAGUUUUAGGAUGUCACAAUGGAUGCAAUGAAGGCGUUCGAGGUCCUCCUGCCGAUUUUCUUCGCAGUCAAUGUCAAAAAAUCCUAUCACGCCUUCUGAGGCAUGCCAGUCAACGCACCAAAAAAUAUCUACAAGAUAUGGUGAAAAAUGCUGGACUACAGGAGCUGGUUGAUUUUUUCCAUGCUUUUUGUGCCUUUUGUGUAGAUCCCAGUUCGUUAUUGUCACCGUUAACUCAUAAACGCACGAGUGCCUUUAAAAAUCUUAACACCGAUCUUGGAAAUGGUGUAUCCUCAUCAGGCGGUCAAGGUGGAUAUUCGACAAAUUUCAGUGGUGGUCUUAGUGGCGGACCGGAAGCUCAAGUCAUUGCUGCCGUCUUCAAGCCACUGGUGUCACGUUUCGUUAAUGCCUCUAAGGAACUCAAGACGCCGGAAAAUGCCAGCCUUUAUAGUGAUGUACGACAAUUUAUCACCUACGUAAAGGGUGCCCAUGGUGGGCCAUUCCGUUUGGUUGCUCUCAGUGGAAUAUUAGCAGUAACCCCAAGGCCGCAUAAGAAGGGGCCAGCGGCGCAGACCACGAGGGUGAUAAGACACAUUCCCCAGGCAGAGGUCGCACAAAGUGUGCAGAACGAUGACAAUCGAUCGCAAAGGCGUCUGCUUCUAAAGAAACGCAGCACCUCAUCAGCUUGUGCAGUGAGUCUUCUCGAAACAGAGCCUUGCGAUGAACACUACAAAACCAGCCAAUCUCCCCUGAGCAAUUUUAGACGUCGCACUACAGGAAUAAGACCCACUUUAACGCCACGUCACAGUGAACGUCAACUUCUCUCGGACUCCACAUCAAGCUCGGAACGUAAUUCACUGGGACGUCUGAGUGGUUUGGUGCGUUGGUUCAAGGGUACGCCCAAAGAGGCAUCAUCUAUAGAUCUGGAAAUAGGUUCUCUAAAUCCUGAAAUGUCAACUACUUUUGUACGCCAUCCUUCGUUGAAAAUACAACGAGGACGUUCCAGUGAUGGCAUAGGCCGAUCCAUACAGAGAGCUAAGAGACGAGUGGAGCGUAGACUUAAUCGUUUUGGUGGCAUUGUUAAGGGUAAAAAGAAACAGGGUGGCAUAGAGGAGACGGCAGAUUAUAGCCGCCGCAGUUCUUCGGAUAUGUGUGAUGGACCACGAGAAUCUGAGGUGGUUGUUUUAAAGGAACGAAAAUUAAUACCAUUGGAACCGGUGAGAGUGGGAAUGUUGCGUUUAUCUUUCUUGCUGGAAACUUGUGCGCCGGGAUCAUUUCCUGAUCCUCAAUUGGUGGCUGCAGUAUUGGAUUUGCCCCAAGCUCCUUUGGUAACCCGAGCCACUUUUCUUUUGGAAUGUGCCCAUUUUGUGCAUUUAUGCAACAAAGGCCAAUGGCCCACCUGGAUGAAGCAAAAUGUGUCGGGUUACAGACCUUCAGGGGCAAACAUCAAUGCCAGCCAGAUUAAGCAACAAAUGGGCACAACCAGUUCCAGACGCACUCAUAUAUUGCAGAGAGCAGCAGGAAAAAUGUUUCACCAGUGGGCCGAAAUGCUGGGAGCUCGUUUGGAGGAAAUACUUUUCACCGAGCGUCUACAGUAUGAGAAUGUCAAUGCCAGCCUUACUGACCCUGACAAGCAACGCGAGCUUUUGCAGCAAGACGAGGAAGAAGAUUUUCUUGAUGAAGCUUCUGUCAAUCCCCAUGGCAAUGAUUGUCCUCAUGCCUUGAAAUUAAUUGCCUGCGUUUUACUAUUCGAGAUUACAGCCUUUUUGCGAGACAUCUACGUCACCUUGCCCAAAGCCUCAAAAUUGUUGCACAAAGAUAAGCCUGCUCCUUGGGAAAAGGUAUAUCGUGAAGCAAAUCGCCGCUGGUCUAUGGCCUUAAGCUCUAUGGGUCAUUCACAGACUUCGGCACAGAGUUUGCAAUCCAUAGCGGCUGGAAAUGAUGCAGCAGGAGGUCAGACUGAACGAAAAAUUUCUUUUGUUUUGCAUGAGCCAGACAAUGAAUCGGAGAACAGCAGCAACACCACCCUAACCAAGGAGGGCGAAGAAGGUCAAUAUUUUCCAGCUCGUCGUCCCACAGCCUCUGCCGUGAGGCCUUUUCUGCUAAGGCGUGGCACGGCUACCACCACUGGGGGUUCUUUUAAACGCAGAUCCCUAAAAUUAAGACGAAAUACCAAAGAUGGCAAGGACAUGGAAACUGACUUCAAACGUGUCGACUCCAUCCAAGCCAAACGCAAAGUAUCUUCACUUUCCGACCGUAGUGAUACUUCGGAACAGGGUAUAGCCAGUGGCGGUGAAGAUGAUCAUGGCUCGCCCGGUAUUUUAAGUGAUGAUCAGCAGCCAGAAUCGCCUACGGACUCCAAUGAAACUGAUGAUACAGCCAAAAAUAUGCCCUGGCUAAAGGCGGUCAUUGACUUAAUUAGCAGUUACAAUUUCUAUUGUCCUCAUAAAGGAUAUUGCCAUCCCUAUUGCUACAAGAGGCAUAUGCGUUCUUGUACCCGACUUAUUAAGGCAACCAGAAAGGUAUAUGGCGAAGAAUUUGGUUUUACAUUUGAUGCCGAUCAUCCCACAUUGGAGCCCACCGUUAUAUCCUCCUCCAAAGUUAAUCAACAACGCCCCAGAUCAGCGCGUAAGGUUUCCGAACAAAGUUCAACACAAACAUCGCCAUCUAAACGCAAGGAUAGUUUAUCGCGUAAGGAUCGCAUAAGUGAUGAUCCCGAUCUAGAGAUGGCCGAAAAGUUAGCUAAAGCUUUUCGUCAAGAACGAGAAAAGAAAGAGCAAGAGGAACCACCAAUACUCAAAUUUAUACGAUUCCAUAUACGAAGUCUCUUCCAUUUUCCUUUUGCCACAAUGCUCAAGGGAGCUGUUAUACUAACCGAAGAAAUGGUAAUUGAAGCAAUGCCAGCUGCAUGGGAACUGCUAUUGGAAACAAAUCAGGAUACCGCAUCCGCUAGUGCUGCGGUAUUUCUUAUGGGUUCGGUAAAGGCACAAAACUAUGCUUUCGAUAUAAUGCAAAGGGCAUUGAAGAACAAGGAUCCGGAUAUAAGAAUUGGAGCUAUACAAAGAUAUUUGGUUUUGUGGAAAAAUCGCUUUCAUGUCUGGCCUCGCAUGGAGGAAAAUGCUCAUGAUGUGACUUUCAAAGUGCCCCCUGGAGGCAUAGAGUUCACAUUGCCUUCUCCCAAAAUUGGCAUAGAAAGUCUGCCGGUGGUCGAUCCUCCAUGGAUGCCAGUGCAGCAGACCAAAGAUAUGGAUGUAACCCUUAAUCAAGAUAGUGUGCUCCCCGUUGCAGUAACUGCCACCAAAAGCCGUAAAAUGCAACAAACCGAGGCCAUACGUAAUGCCUUACGUCAGCAACGCGAUAAGCAACGGGCAGAACGUCAUAGUUUUCUUAUCACCACCAUACCGGUCAGUCAACAGGCCUCCCAUGAACCUGGCAUGGAACAUGAAGACCACGAAGGCGAAGAGGAAAUCGAUGGCACCCGCAUGUCUUCCCAUCUGCACCACUCGCACUCACUAUUUCCCUCUGUCUUGUGUUCUUCGGUAAUGCAAAUCGUGGGUUGCUUAGAUGAUGCAGCCAUUGGCAGCGAUGGCAAUGCGGUCUAUGAGGUGGCUUACCAAGUUAUUUGGGUAUGUCUGGUGGAAGAGUCGGCCUUAUUUUUGCGCUAUGUCUUUGAACGUUUGACGCGCGAUCGCCAAGAUCAAAUGUUCAAGUUACUUCGUCAUUUGAUACGAUUUGUGCCUCGUUUGCCUCAGCAGGCAGCAUUUGCUUUGUACAAUUCCAUUAUAGGAUACAUUAUGUUUUAUGUAAGAUCUUCGAAUGAGCUGAAGCAAGAGCUUGUUGGUUCAGCUUUAUCCAUUCUUUGGAUGGUCGUCCACAGUGUCCAUGGCAUUAUGUUUAAGGAUUUAAAACAGAUUCUCCGUAAGGAACAAUGUGAUGCAUCGAUUCUCUUAACUGCCAAUGUGCCGGCUGCUAAGAAAAUCGUUGUCCACGGCCCAACGGAUGAUGAUUGCAAUAUACCCUCCCAAUUUCCCGUGCAAGAAGACACGCUCUUCUGUCAAUUGCUAAAAGAAGCUUUGGACUAUUAUCCAGUGGAUGAGAAGAACAUCAACAAUUAUUGUUUGGUGGACUACAAGAGUAAUAAAAUUCUAAAUCCCAAUUGGUACAUUCGUGAUUUGUACUUCUUCAAGCGCUCCCAAUACCCAGAAGUUCGUUUGGUACUCCUUAAGCCGGAUGAAUCAUUUUUGGCUCUACAAAAGCAGGAACUUACCAAGAAAUUUGUGGAAAUCGGCAAGGUGCAUUUAACCUGGGCUAUUUUGAAAAAUGUCGAUAUGGUGGUGCAACGAGUUGUGUUCCUGCACGAGGAACUUAUGAAACUACCCUCGUUUCCACGCAAAGCUUUGGAGGUCGAUUUGGAUUUACACCAGAGUGGUGAAUAUGGCAAAGUAUUGCUGGGUCUGGAUGUAUUGCACAAAUUUAUGUGGGUUCGUUUGAUAGCCCGUAUGUUUGAGGCUAUGGCUGGCAAUUUCGCCUAUUCCGCAGAUAUUCAACUAUUUUUGAAUGUGCUGUCAGGAGCAGCUUUUCUGCAUGCCGAAGAUUCCUGCAUUAUGCGUUAUGUAAUGGCCACCUACAUUAAUGCUGCCUUCAAUUUCAAGAAUAUUUUCUCCACCAAUGGUUAUUUUAUGAUAAUGCCUACCCUGCUGCAGAUUUAUUCUUUGCAUCAGACCAACAAGUUGAUAACUACCACCAUAGAAUAUGCGGUAAAGCAAUUCUAUCUACUGAAUCGUAAGCCUUUUAUAUUGCAAAUGUUUGGAUCCGUGUCGGCUAUUUUGGAUACAGAUGAGGAUGGCACCUAUGGGGAUGCCCAUAAGGUCCAGUCUAGUUGUUUGUUUAAUCUAUUGCUCAGUUUGGAAGAUCCUUCUCCAGAUCCUUUGAAUAUUGCGGAAUUGGUUAAGGAACCCAAACCCUUGAAAGCCAUUGAUUUUUGCUACCACGAUGAGGAUGGCGAUGUUACAGUCUUGGAUUGCAUAACGCUUUGUGUUAUGGUUGUCUCUUAUUCGGCAGAGAGUACAAGAGGCUAUCAAAUGUUGAUCAUUUUGGAGGCCAUAUUGCCUUGUUAUCUGCAGCAGAUACAAUCUCCCAGCUACAUACCUCUGCAGGGAAAAUCUGAAAGAGAUAUAAUUCUACAACUGGCCGUGGCCAUACGCACCAUGGUCCACAACUGUGAGGGCUUGGCCAAAAGCUACAAUGGACCCUAUCGUAAUAGUCCCGAGCAUAAGGGUUCUUCGCAGCGCAACUGCAGUCGAGGGCCCCCUUGUUCUCCGGGCUUGGAUUUCGAGGAGGAAUCCCAUUCGAAAUACAUCAAUGAUCCCCGUACCAAGAACAUUAUCGAUUCGGGCGAAGAUUCAGAAAUGAUACGUACCGAAUAUCGCAGACCUCGUGAUGUCUUACUCUCCGUGGUGGGAGAUUUUCUGAGUAAAUCUACCACACGCCUGCAAGAACUCUCCAAGAAAAUGCCUAAGGAUGAUAAUAAGCCAACCGAAGUUUUAGAUGCUAAAUGCCACAUACGCUUGGCUGACAUUGCCCAUUCUCUGCUCAAAGUCUCACCCUACGAUCCAGAGUCUAUGGCCUGUCGAGGCCUACAGAGAUACAUGCAAGCUGUCUUACCCAGAGCCGAAUGGUCAAAUGACACCUUGAGAAAUGCUUUGGUCACCAUUCUUAGGAGAAUUGAUAAGGUGUUCUUGAAAAUCUCCAAGAAACCUUCCAUACGUCGCAACACGGAUUGGGAAGCAGCAGCUGGCUUGCUAAAGGGUAUACAUGAGACCAUUGUGCGUCACCCCUAUGUUCUGCAUUGGCAACAGAUGAAAACGCUCAUUGGCACUGUGCAAAAUCUGAUAGUCAAUGAACCGGGAUCGGCAGCUCCCGAGGGUGUGUCAAGCGCAGGUGCAGCUCUUAUGUCUCAGAAUCCGCCGGCCUUCUUUUGUUCGACUGUGGUGCGCCUGGUGGCAUUGCAGGUGGUAAGUCCUGUCGAUUGCUUUUCCCUGGUGCAAAUAUGUGGAGGCAGUGCCGAAUUCUCCACACAGGAGAAGGCCGAAGGAUAUCUAAUGCAUUUGAUAAUGCCACUGUGCUUGAAGGUAUGCUCCGGCCGAGGUGUCUCCGAUGUGGGCGAAUUGAAAAUGACCGAUGUCAGCUAUUUGCUAACGGCCGUUCUAAAUGCCAUGAGUCCUCCUGCGGGACGCACAGGCCAAGCUGUUUCGCAAAUUAAUCGUGUGGGAGGAGAUUUAAGAACAGGUUCGCUAACCUUUACGGGCAGCAGAGAUGCCAAAAGGCCUGCCCGCAUCGCUGGCUCCCUUUACCAGGCGGCCUUUUUGGCCCUGCGCAUAGUCUGCAUAUGCUUUGAGAGUCGCCUUUCAACAGAAUGGCCAAGAAUUGUAAGAGUCAUGAGGGAUUUGGGUAGAAGAAAUGAGGCUGCUCCUGACCUAUGGAGUUUCUUGGAGUUUGUGGUAACCCAUAGGACACCUCUGUAUAUAGUGUUGCUGCCUUUUAUUUUGCAUAAGAUAUCCCAACCUCCCAUAGGAGAUCAUGAACGUCAUAUGCAGUUUGUUAUACGAGAGAGAUUAAGGGGUACUCCACCCCAGGGGGGCAUAAAGUCCAAGGGAGCCUUGCUUUUGGAAUUGGCUCGAGACAUGAGGGAUCUCAGAGAUGAGCUGGAGGAAAAACGUUAUGAUCGUGAGAGUUCCGACCAAAAGAAGAGUGACACCCCAGCAGCCACAAGCGGUACAGAUGCUCAUAAUAAAUCACAACAACGACCUUCUUUAAUUUCAAUUUUCACUGGUACCACUACAGGGCAAGCUACACACUCACACAUUUCAGCGGCACCCAUUGACUCCCGCAGCGGCUCCGGCGGUAUUUGUACGCCCAGCGAUACCCUGUCCCAGCAAACGCUACAUCCUCCCAGAGAAUCGCUGUCAAGCAGUUCCACGGGCAAAGAUCAUCACACCACUACCAGUGAAAGUCACAGUGGUGGUGAUCAGGCAGUGGGAUCAGCUCCUACCCUAAUUGGGGCCUCAGGAUCAGGUGUGGCAUCCAGCCAGGGUACCAGCUCUGCCACCAUUGCCACAGCUUUGCCAUCUGGAGUAACCUCACAGCUAUCACAUUCCCAGAGCUUGCAACAGGCUCCCUUCAAAGCACAGCCACCCAAGUUACGUUUUGUCUCUUCAGUGGAAUUUAGACACUCCUCAGGGGAGACUUCCACCACACCACUAUCGCCCGAAAGUCCAGCAGAGGAUAGUUCAGGAGAUCAUACACGCUCAAGAUUACAAAGGACAAAGGCAGCCAGCCGCAAAACGUUUCGUUUGAAGCGUAGCCGUCUCACCCCCAUGGAGCCACCGAGUAUAGUAACCGCCCUAUCACAGGAAGAACAUCCCAAGCCUAUUGGAGAAAUUUCAUGGGAUUCGGUAUCACAAACAUCAUCCACCUCCGGUUAUCGUGACACUAAUAGCCUACAAACUGGUCUCUUGUCACCCGAUGGUUCCCUGGGAGGUUUAACCUUGGGCCGUUCACCCUCUCAACAUUCACUUUUAAUGGUUUAUGAGGGUCAGGAUGAGGAUACGCUCAUUUAACAAUCACAGUUUAAUGGUUAAGAUUAAGAAGGAGAUAUAUUUGCUAGACUUACCCUUUAAAAUGUUGUAGAUGAUGUUAAGUGAUGAUGAUAAUGAUGGAUGUCUUGUCAUUUAUUGAACGCAAAAAAUUGAUUGAUUUCACUUCCUUUAUAGCGAGAUUUCGAAGGGUUUAGACGAACCACAAAUGAUGAACACACACCACACUUAAAUAAAAACCAAUUUCUAAUUAAUAGUCAAUCGUUAAUCCCAUCGUCAUGAAAGAGAAAACAUGGGCAUUUUACACUCUGAAAAAAUGCAAACUUUAUACAACUUUUUUUUACAAUAUGAAAAACCUAUUUUAUGCAUGUUGUUAUUGUGUGAAAAUACAAUUUUGUUUCGUUUUAUAGAAAGUAAGUAAACGAUGAUGUAAACUAAAAGUUUUAUGGCCAAUCAACGCAACAGUAAUGUGUCAAAUUAAUGAGCCAAUUGAUAUAUGUCUUAGGUAUUUUUAGUCACUUUUUUAUAAUUUAUAAAAAAAAGAAUACAUCGAUAAAUGUUAAAUGUUGUUGUUUCCCCUAGGAAAGCAGUAAUACAAAAAUCUAUAAUAAAAUAUCCCAAAUAAAAUCGAUUUAGAAUACCCCGAAAACUUA